AUGGGCAAUACAAUUGUAAAGGAUAUUGUAAAGAGAGAUUUUGAAGACUUAAAGAGAGAUUUGGAUGAAGGCAGUAUCCCUGAAGUUGCAGCUAAAUACCAAAAAAGCUUAAAUGAAAUGCAAAAUCUCCCCCUUAAUAUUGCAGUUACUGGACAGACAGGAUCUGGUAAAUCCUCCUUUGUCAAUGCCUUCCGGGGUGUAAGUGAUGAUGAUGAUGAUACGGCAGCCAAGGUUGGGCCUUUAGAAGAAACCAUGAAGCCAAAGGCAUUUCCUCACCCCUCUUUUCCUAAUAUGAAAUUAUGGGAUCUUCCAGGAAUUGGAACACCUAAAUUUCAGGCAACGGAAUAUCUGAAGAAGGUCCAAUUUGAAAAAUAUGAUUUCUUUAUUAUUAUUAUCUCCAUUCGCUUAACUGAAAAUGAUGCUUUCCUGGCAAAGGAAAUAAAAAGAAUGGGAAGGAAGUUUUACUUUGUGUGCAGCAAAAUAGAUGCCAGUAUACAAAGUGAAAAGAGGAAAGGAAAUUUCAAUAUGGAGAAAGCCCUGGAGACCAUAAGGAAUUACUGCAAAGAUAAUUUGAAAAGCCUAGGUGAGCCUUCUGCAAGAGUAUUCCUGAUCUCCAGCUGGGAGGUGCACAUGUAUGAUUUCCCUCUCCUGCGAGAGACAAUGGCCGCUGAACUUCCUGAGCACAAGAAGAAUAUUUUCACACUAUCUGUGCAUAUUUUCUCAAAAAAUGAAUUGAUGAAGAAAAAAGAACUAAUGGAAUCCUAUAUAAAAAAGGUAGCUUGGGUAUCUUGCGUUUGUGGAGCGGUGCCUGUCCCGGGACUCUCUAUGGCUUGUGAUAUUGUAAUUUUGGUAGAUACUCUGAAAUAUUUCUGCAAGGUGUUUGGCUUAGACGACCAGUCCCUCCGUUUUCUGGCAGCUCAGACGGGAAAAGAAUUUAAAGAGCUGAAGUCAGCUAUCAAGAAAACCCCGUUAGGCAAUGUGAUCGAUGCAGAAUUGGUAUUUUCUCUCUUGACGAGGUCAUCUAUUUGGGUAGCUGUGUCGCUUGUGGAACUGGCUCUUGAUUUUAUACCUGUUAUUGGGUCUGUGUUUGGUGGAGCAAGUUCAUAUGUUAUCACGUAUCGUUUUCUGAACAGCUUUCUUGAUGAUACUUUGGAAGAUGCCCAAAAUGUUCUAGCAAAAUUUAUUGAGUGA